AUGCAGACCAUCUCCCCCAUCGCCAUAACCUUCGUUGACGGCUGCGAGCGUCCUCGAGGUCGCUGCUCUCUUUCUUCCAUCUGCUCGCCGUGCCUCCCACGGCCAAUCCCAAACUCUUACUGGGCCACACCUCUUCUGCUCGCUUGCGAAUACCCCUGGUCUCCAUUCGAAAGGUCCACCGUGCAGAAGCUUGACAAGCUUCUAGCAGCCGGUGUCCGCACCUUCAUCGAUCUCACCGAAUGUGGUGAACUCUCCCCAUACUACCCUCACCUCCCCGCUCUAGUCAGCGCACACGGCAUCGACAUCUCGGAAAUCGAGUACCACCAAUUCCCGAUCCAUGACCGAUCCCUACCCGAGUCUAAGGAGUAUAUGUUCCACAUCCUUGGCGUCCUCCGGGACAACCAGAAACGGGGUAUUGGGAGAACCGGCAUGGUUGUCGGCUGCUGGCUGGUCGAGUCUGAGACGGCGAAGAGCGGGGAGGAAGCUCUCCGUAUAGUCGCCGAUAAAUGGAAGACAGUGGAGAAGUGCAAGCGGUACCCAAACAGCCCAGAGACUGGCCCCCAGUUCGAAUUUGUCAAAAACUUCCGCCCUCGCAUGGAUAUGGAAGUCGCAUGA